AUGGCGACGCCUAAUUUGUUAAAGAACAAGGGCUCCCUGCAGUUUGAGGACAAGUGGGAUCUCAUGCGACCGAUCGUUCUCAAGCUACUCAGACAGGAAGCUGUUACCAAGCAACAGUGGUUCGACUUGUUCUCAGAUGUUCAUGCAGUGUGCCUAUGGGAUGAUAAAGGACCAGCUAAAAUCCACCAAGCCCUCAAAGAGGACAUCCUAGAUUUCAUCAAACAAGCACAGGCUCGGGUAUUGAGCCACCAGGACGACACGGCAUUGCUGAAGGCUUACAUCGUAGAGUGGAGAAAAUUUUUUACUCAAUGCGACAUCCUGCCAAAACCCUUCUGCCAGCUGGAAAUCACACUGAUGGGUAAACAAGGCAGCAAUAAGAAAACAAACAUGGAGGACAGUAUUGUACGCAAGCUGAUGUUGGACACGUGGAAUGAGUCGAUCUUUUCAAACAUCAAGAGCCGCCUGCAAGACAGUGCCAUGAAGCUAGUUCAUGCUGAGAGGUUGGGAGAGGCCUUCGAUUCUCAACUUGUUAUAGGAGUGCGAGAGUCCUAUGUCAACCUGUGCUCCAACCCAGAGGACAAGCUGCAGAUCUACAGGGACAACUUUGAGAAGGCCUACCUCGACUCCACAGAGAGGUUUUACCGAACACAGGCACCAUCCUACCUGCAACAGAAUGGCGUGCAGAACUACAUGAAAUAUGCAGAAGCAAAGCUAAGAGAGGAAGAAAAGCGAGCACUCAGAUAUCUGGAGACACGUCGUGAAUGUAAUUCUGUUCAAGCACUUAUGGAAUGUUGUGUGAAUGCUCUGGUAACGUCAUUCAAAGAGACCAUCCUCGCUGAAUGUCCUGGGAUGAUUAAACGAAAUGAGACGGACAAGCUGCACCUGAUGUUUUCUCUAAUGGACAAGGUUCCCAGUGGAAUUGAGCCCAUGUUGAAAUACCUUGAAGAACAUAUCAUCAGUGCUGGACUAGCAGACAUGGUGGCUGCUGCAGCGACGAUCACUACUGACUCUGAGAAGUACGUGGAGCAACUGUUGACUUUGUUUAACCGUUUCAGUAAGCUGGUAAAAGAGGCCUUCCAGGAUGACCCACGCUUCCUCACUGCCAGAGAUAAGGCUUACAAAGCUGUUGUCAAUGAUGCCACAAUCUUUAAACUGGAGCUGCCUAUGAAACAGAAAGGGGUGGGAAUGAAAACUCAGCCUGAAUCAAAGUGUCCCGAGCUGCUGGCAAACUACUGCGACAUGCUGCUCAGGAAGACCCCCCUCAGCAAGAAGCUCACAUCAGAGGAAAUUGAGCUCAAACUCAAAGAAGUGCUUCUGGUGUUGAAGUAUGUUCAGAAUAAAGAUGUGUUCAUGAGAUACCACAAGGCCCAUCUUACUCGGAGACUAAUUCUGGACAUUUCAGCAGACAGUGAAAUUGAGGAGAACAUGGUGGAAUGGCUAAGAGAAGUAGGAAUGCCUGCCGACUAUGUGAACAAACUAGCCAGGAUGUUUCAGGACAUCAAGGUCUCAGAGGAUCUCAAUCAGGUCUUCAAAGAGAUGCACAAACACAACAAGCUGGCGUUGCCAGCGGACAGUGUGAACAUUAAGAUCCUGAAUGCUGGUGCAUGGUCAAGGAGCAGCGAAAAGGUAUUUGUCUCACUGCCUACAGAGUUGGAGGACCUUAUUCCUGAGGUGGAAGAUUUCUACAAGAGAAAUCACAGCGGCCGCAAACUCCACUGGCAUCACCUCAUGUCCAAUGGCAUUAUCACAUUUAAAAAUGAGGUUGGUCAAUAUGACUUGGAGGUGACAACAUUCCAGCUGGCUGUGUUGUUCGCCUGGAACCAGAGACCCAGAGAGAGGAUCAGCUUUGAGAACCUCAAACUGGCCACAGAGCUACCCGACGCAGAGCUACGCCGCACACUCUGGUCUCUGGUGGCUUUCCCCAAACUGAAGAGACAGGUGUUGUCCUACGAUCCUCCAGUUAGCUCACCCAAAGACUUCACCGACAGCACACUUUUCUGUGUCAACCAGGAUUUCUCACUCAUUAAAAACUCCAAGGUCCAAAAGCGAGGAAAGAUCAAUCUGAUUGGUCGCCUGCAGCUGACCACAGAGCGAAUGAGAGAAGAGGAAAAUGAAGGCAUUGUUCAGCUCAGAAUACUCAGAACUCAGGAGGCUAUCAUCCAGAUCAUGAAGAUGAGGAAGAGGAUCAGCAAUGCCCAGCUGCAGACAGAACUUGUUGAGAUCCUGAAGAACAUGUUCCUGCCUCAGAAGAAGAUGAUCAAGGAGCAGAUCGAGUGGCUCAUCGAGCACAAAUACAUCAAGAGGGAUGAAACCGACAUUAACACCUUUAUCUACAUGGCCUAGACAGCAGAGGAGGAAGUGCUUUGCUGCUCUGUUUGCUGCAUUGCUCAACACUGACGCUUUAACCACAUGUAAGAGGAGUGGAACUAAAGGAUGUGUGUGAGGAAGAGCUGGAAGGCUGCUGACGAUGUGUCAGGGUUAUACUGAGGAGCCCUUUCAGCAGAAGAAGAAAUGGAGGAAGUGUGGUUAUCUUUGUGCGUGUGAUGGCCGCUGGGUUUUUUUGGAGUGUCAUUUCAAAGUGGAGUGUGGAGUCACUCAACUGGCUGUUUGUCUCUGAUGCCCUCUAGAGUCGAUCAGAGGAGGAAAAAUGGCAGUGUGCCGUUUGGAAGCAGCGCGGGAGGAAAAUAUGCAUCAUUGUGAAAUACUUCCUGCCUUACUUUGAUGAGCUGCUGCUGUGGAGGAGCAGAGGGAGGACAAACUGAUAUCAAGCCUUUACUUUCACUUGGUGCCACAGCUGCCACGUUCGUGGCUGCCAUCUUGCAUCCCUCCAAUUCAACUUUCUUUUUUUUUAACUGGGAAAGCAAAAACAAAUGUGAGGGGAAAGUUACAGACACAGGGAGAGACUUUCUGAAACUGCAGAGAGAAUUUUGCCAAAUCUGUGUGUGUGCGUGUGUGUGUACAUGUAUACGUGUGCGUACAUGCACUUUGAACAGCAUGCUGCUCUGAAUUAUUAUUUUUUUUUUUAGUUUUUUUCAUUCAGUGGAUGAUCUGUCAUGUUUUGGUUGUUGUGAGUGAAAUAUCGUGCCAGGUUGGGAAAGUAAAAUCAGCUACCAUGUGCACUGUUCAUAUGCUGAUAUCUUCUUUUUUUUUUAUCUCCCCCAACAGCUGAAGCAGUAUUGUCUGCAGAUCCUGGUUGAGUUUUUUGGGACGAGGAUGAUAUGACCUAUUGAGGCUUCUCAGUUUUUAAUCAGAAUGCAAACUGUUUAUUUAUUGAACAUGAUGUUGAAACUGGUGUUUAAAGCCAUCUGAAUGCAUCCAGGAGGAAACGCAGACUGAUCCACGAUCGAUACCAGCUUUUAAGUGAGCGA